GAACGAUCCAUGCAAUAUAGAAAAAUGGGUUUUCUUGUUGAAGCUUUAGGGGAUUAUGAAUCCAUGAUUUUAUCCUUGGUUGUUUUCCCUGUGUUGUUGUUCUUUCUUGUUUCUAGGUUUCUCCGAAAACCUUAUCCGCCUGGUCCGAAAGGUUGGCCGUUGAUCGGCAACAUGAACUUGAUGGACCACUAUUCACACCGCGGCUUUGCCAAGCUGGCACGACAGUACGGCGGCUUGCUACACUUCCAGAUGGGUUCUGUCCACGUGGUGGUGGUUUCGGGCCCGGAGGAAGCCCGACAAGUCCUCCAAGUACAGGACAAUGUAUUCUCUAACCGCCCAGCCACCAUUGCUAUUAGCUAUCUCACUUAUGAUCGGGCCGAUAUGGCUUUCGCCCACUACGGCCCGUUCUGGCGUCAAAUGCGAAAGGUUUGCGUGAUGAAGCUGUUCAGCCGUAGGCGGGCCGAAUCGUGGGAUUCCGUCCGCGACGAGGUUGAUAAGAUGGUGCGGGCCGUGGGCGCGAGCGUCGGGUCGGUCGUGGACAUUGGCGAGCUGGUUACCGGGCUGACCCGAGAUAUCGUUUACCGGGCCGCUUUUGGGUCGAGCUCGAGUGACGGAAAAGAGCAGUUCAUUACCAUAUUGCAAGAGUUUUCAAUGCUGUUCGGAGCGUUCAACAUCGCAGACUUUUUCCCUUGGCUAAAGUGGGCCGACCCACAGGGCCUAAACGCCAGGCUCGUCAAGGCCCGGGGUUCGCUCGAUGUUUUCAUCGACAACAUCAUCGAGGAUCAUAUGCAGAAACGUAAGGAUAACAAAGGAGGGAUUAACAUUGGAUCCGACACGGACAUGGUGGAUGAGCUGUUGGAGUUUUACAGCGAGGAAGCCGCAGUGAAUGAGACAGAAGAUUUGCAAAACGCCAUUAAGCUUACUAGGGAUAACAUCAAAGCUAUCAUUAUGGAUGUAAUGUUUGGGGGAACAGAAACGGUGGCGAGUGCAAUUGAGUGGGUGCUGGCGGAGCUGAUGAAAUCGCCGGAGGAUCUUAAAAGGGUUCAAGAAGAGCUGAGCACCGUGGUGGGCCUUGACCGGAAAGUUGAAGAAGCCGACUUGGAAAACCUCACAUUCUUGAAAUGCGUCCUGAAGGAGACUCUCCGCCUCCACCCACCCAUCCCUCUCCUCCUCCACGAGACGGCGAAGGCCUGCGAAGUCAACGGCUACUACAUUCCGGCGAGGUCGCGCGUGGCCAUCAAUGCAUGGGCCAUCGGACGCGACAGAAACAGCUGGGAAGACGCGGACAGCUUCAAGCCCGACAGAUUCCUCAAACCAGGGGUAGCAGAUUACAAGGGGAACAACUUCGAGUUCAUUCCAUUCGGAUCGGGCCGGAGAUCCUGUCCGGGCUUGCAACUCGGGGUUUAUACUUUGGAGGUGGCGGUGGCCCAUCUUCUUCACUGUUUCACUUGGGAAUUGCCUAAUGGGAUGAAACCAAGCGAGAUGAAAAUGGAGGACGUGUUUGGACUCACUGCACCACUCGCCAAUCGACUCGUCGCCGUGCCCGCUUCACGCUUGUCCUGCCCGCUUUAAAAUGAAUUGAAGCACUUUAUAUAUAUUAUAUAUAUAUGUAUGACUGAAGAAUUGAUUUAUUUGGCCCCUACAGGCCGGCUACAAACAUUAAUGUUCGAUCUGCUUGUUUUCUUUU